AAAUUACUCAGCUUUGAAUUACCAAACCAAAGCAAAAACACUAGUUUUUCUUUUUCAUUAUUAUCAAUGGAGAAGCUGUUGUCAACCAAAAGAGAGUUGAAAUUUGUACCAGAAUGUUACAAAUUACCACCUGAUUGUAGACCUGGUAACACCAUAGUUCCCAUAUGUGAGUUCAUUCCUGUGAUUGAUUUCAAAGAAGAACAACCCAAACUCAUUCAACAAAUCAUUCAUGCUUCCAAACAAUAUGGAUUCUUCCAGUUGAUUAAUCAUGGUGUUGAAGAGAAGCUAUUGAAAGAUGUAUUGGAUGUGGCUAAGGAAUUUUUUGAGUUGCCUGGUGAAUGAUGAGGAAAAAGAAAGGUUGUGUUGUGAUAUGAAUCAUGUGAAAUUGAAUAAUCGUAAGCUCUUAACAAGCAUUGAUUAUAUGAAUGAGUCUCUGCAUUAUUGGAGAGAUGCUUUGAGACUCCCUUCUCUUCCUUUAGAGUAUAACAUCCAAUUUUGGCCUCAAAAACCACCAAUAUUUCGAGAGGUGAUUGGAAGUUACUGAGUUGAGGUUAGGAAGCUAAGUAUGCGUAUCUUGGAUUUGAUUAGUAAAGGAUUAGGACUUGAAAAUGGGUACUUCUACAACAAAUCUGAACUGUGUAAUGUUCAUAUAAUUACUUUAAAUCAUUAUCCACCAUGCCCAGAUCCAAGUUUGACAUUAGGAUUACCUAAACAUAGUGAUCCUAAUUUGAUAACUCUUCUUCUUCAACAAAUGGAUGGUCUUCAAAUCUUGAAAGAUCAACAAUGGUUUGCACUUAAGCCUUUCCCUAAUGCAUUUGUUGUCAAUGUUGGCCACAUUUUAGAGAUUUUGAGCAAUGGAAAGGUGAAAAGUGUUGAACACAGAGUUGUGACAAACAAAAACAAUGGAAGAACAACAGUUGGAAGCUUCAUUUAUCCUUGUCCAGAUUGUCAAAUUGAGCCUACAAAAGCUCUCAUCAAUGAGAAUAAUCCACCACUCUAUAAACAGUUUACUUUCAAAGAUUUUAUGGCUACUUAUGUAGCUCACACUUCCAACAGAGAAUCUCCUCUUAAGCACUAUCAACUCCAACCUAAUUAGAUUUUAGUACAUAUAUAUAAUAUGUUGCUAUCAUUAUAUUUGCUACUUUGAUUAUUCUGUUUUGAUGGAUUUUUUAUAAUUAAUAAUAUUAUUAUAUAUCAUA